CCAACCUUAGAUUAAAGUUGUAUAAAUACAUUGUACUUACCUAAAUUGUAACCAGUCUAUACAAAAUGUUUAAGACUGCCUUCUAGAUGGAUAAAGAAACCAGCUAUCACCUUUCUACAGCACUGGAAGAGUUUCUAAUUGGACGAAAUGUAGCAGAAGAUACUCUAAAUUACCUUCGACUACAUAAGAUUGACACGGAUAUUAUUGCUUUAAUGGAUGAAACGGAACUUUCAAAAUUAUUUGCAUCUUAUGGAGAUAGACUUGCUGUUGUAGAUUUUUGUAAACGACAAGUUCAUACAAACAAUCGCAAAAUCAGUUUGUUUGAUCGUCUUCGCAAAAAAGUGUCAAACAAACGCAAACAUAGUAACUCUUACAGCGAAGACGAUGAUUCAAUGCAACCAAGCAGUACAAAACCCCGAAAUGGUAAAAAUACGAGACUCAUAAAACUUGGAUGGUUUCACUACAAUGAAACAUUCAAGGAACCGAAGCAAGUACGAGCAAUUAACGGAGGCGGUAGUAGAGAUGUUCGCGUACCUAAAUAUUACAAUAAACAAGACAUCAUUGACGAAGGAUGCAAUCUAUUUUUCCCUAACGGUACAUCUUCAAAAGGACUAAAGUUGUCCGAUAUGAACACUACCCUAUUAGACUUUUGUGCUAAAGAACUAGAGGAUGAAGUAAUGACCAUUGAACAAAUGUUUCAAACUGCUAAAAUAACGCGACUCCACCUGUAUUUGUGCACUACUCCAAAGAAAAGAAAGGAAGUAUGUGAGACUGUCACAAGUGAAACUGCGGAUACAAGGGGCACCAGCGACACAAUGUAUGGGGAAGUACCAACACAACUUUCUUCUGACCUUACGGAAUUCCAGUGCAGUUACAACAUUGAAGAUUUCCUUUGUUUACCACCGGAUGCAGUGGUUGCAAACGACAGGUUGUUAGCAACACAAAUACAAAACGAAGAGAACGACGGUUUCAUUUUGUCAUUGGAACAGAAUACUGAGAAUACACCUGUUACUCCUGUGAGUCCAACAGCCGAUAUCUCGAUUUGUCUUCAUAGAGGACGGGUAUUUGAAGAGCUAAUAAAUAUAUUUCUGGAGAGAAGAAUGGUCGGUAGUAAAAUACAUGUAACUCUCAUGCUCCCCAAUGGUGAAUUGGAGUGUGCCGAAGAUUUGGGUGGGGUAUGGAGGGAUGCACUUAGCGAGUUUUGGAAUUCCAUGUAUGAAAAAUGCACAAUCGGUACAAACAUUAAAGUUCCCCAACUAAGACACGAUUUUGGAGUAGAAAAAUGGUCAGCAAUCGCGGAAGUAUUAAAACAAGGUUGGAUUACUGACAAGUAUUUUCCCAUCAGAUUAUCGAAAUGUUUCAUGGAAUACACAAUUUUCAAACAAUGUUCUGGAGACGUAACUACCGAUUUUUUUGGUUACAUUAGCGAAGACGACAAACAGUAUUCCGUGAGGCAAUUGGCCAUUUUGAGUCGAUUCCUACGGACGAACUCCUUGAUGUGUUAG